AUUUCCUCAACUUUCAUCAGCAGCGUGAGCGUGUCAUCUCUCCCGUGUUCUAUCUUCAAAGCAAGUUAACGCAGAUAACAAACAAUCAUGGCUCCCGUCAUGCGUGGUUUCGUCAUUGCCAAGCUCACCAAGGACAUCGCUGUUGGCGGCGUUCUCGCCACCAUUGGCGCCCUUGGCUGGUACAACUACGUCUACUCGUUCGAGAAGGAGUCCAUGGCUCGCCUCAGGGUUGACAACACCAUCAAGUUCCAGGAGCAGCAGAAGCAGUAACUGGUGAUUGCACGCCUUGCCGCGCUGUUGUGUGGUUUACUUGAUCUGCUUUUGUUGGCUCUUUGUGUCGCCACGUGUGCCUUGUGUUGUGCACACUCUUGCCUCCCCUCCCUCCGUCUAAUCCUCGUCACCCCAACCGUGUGUCGUUCAUGGUGGUCCCGUGUACUCAUUGUUGUGUUUGCGUGUGUGUGCGUGUGAUGGAUGGUCUCCACGCACCUCACGCUUGGUCCAGUGGCUGUCUGUAUUCUCUGUCUUUGUUCCAAUUAAACUGGAAAUAGCACCACA